CUGUCCGUGCGGCUUCCUGGCUGCUACCCCGGAUGGUGUAUAGCGGUAUCGGUGCUGCUACGGCUGCUGCUCUCUUGUCACCUGACGCAGCGGCCAGCGGCCCUUAUUCUCCCCAAGUUCCUUCGCCGGAUCCUUCCAUUUCCUGUCCUUGUAGCGUUAGUUCGCAGCCCCAUUUUUCUCCUCCUGCAGCCGGCCUCCCCGCCCCGGUAUCCCGCCUGGAGGGGGCCCUGCUCCCGAAAAUGGCGGUGGGGGCCGCGGCGGGCGCCUCCGAGUGGUUGGUUAUGAGGGACGGCUGUCUACGUUGCGAUGAGCAGGGAGUCAGCAGCUUGUCUUAUCAUCCGGCGCUCAACGCCAUUCUGGCUGUCACCAGCCGGGGAUGCAUCAAAGUGAUAGACGGCACGUCAGGAACCAUCCUGCAGUCGUCCGCCGUGCACGCAAAACCAGGUGGGCGAGUGAGGUGUCAGUAUUUCCCAACAGUGGAUAAAGUAAUCUUUGUAGAUGAUUAUGCAGUGGGUUGUAGGAAAGACCUGAAUGGCAUUUUGUUGCUAGACACGGCUCUUCAAACACCAGUUUCCAAACCUGAUGACAUUGUCCACCUUGAGUUGCCGGUCACAGAGGCGCAGCAGUUGUUAUCUGCUUGCCUGGAAAAGAUCGACGUGUCUAGUGCUGAAGGGUAUGAUUCAUUUAUUGUGCAGCUGAAAGAUGGCUUCAAAAAUACCUCACACGAGACUGCAGGAAAUCAUAAAGUUGCCAAGUGGGCGACGGUUACUUUUCAUCUUCCUCAUCACGUGUUAAAGUCUGUGACGUGUGCGAUUGUGAAUGAGCUGAAGAAGAUAAAUCAGAAUAUAGCGGCAUUGCCUGUAGCCUCCUCUGUAAUGGACAGAUUAUCUUAUUUGUUAUCCAGUGCCCGGCCGGAGCUUGGUGUGGGGCCUGGCCGAUCAGUAGAUAGGUCCUUAAUGUAUAGUGAAGCAAACAGAAGGGAGACCUUCACAUCAUGGCCUCACGUAGGCUACAGGUGGGCACAGCCAGACCCUAUGGCUCAAGCUGGGUUUUAUCAUCAGCCGGCUUCCUCGGGAGAUGACCGGGCCAUGUGCUUCACGUGUAGUGUGUGUUUAGUGUGCUGGGAGCCUACUGAUGAACCAUGGUCGGAACACGAGAGACAUUCCCCAAACUGCCCCUUUGUAAAAGGCGAACACACACAAAAUGUACCCCUGUCAGUCACACUCGCAACUUGUCCGGCACAGUUUCCCUGUACUGAUGGCACAGACAGGAUAUCCUGCUUUGGAGUCGGUAACUGUCCUCAUUUCCUAGCUGCUGCAACAAAGAGAGGGAAGAUUUGCGUGUGGGAUGUGUCCAAACUCAUGAAGGUGCACUUAAAGUUCGAGGUGAACGCUUACGACCCUGCAAUAGGUCAGCUUUUAGUUCUUACAGGAGACUCUGGCUCUGCUGUUGAGGCAAGGAGACCUACGUUGGCUUGGUUAGAAGAUUCAUCCAGUUGUUCUGAUAUCCCCAAAUUAGAAGGAGACAGUGAUGACCUUCUAGAUGAUUCUGAUAGUGAAGAACGUUCUAGGUCGGAUUCUAUUACCGGUCACCCAUCACAAAAGGAAACCCUGGAAAUGAGCUUGGAUAUCACAGCCCUUAGUAUACUCCAGCAGCCAGAGAAGCUUCAGUGGGAGAUAGUAGCAAAUGUACUAGAAGACACAGUGAAGGACUUAGAGGAGCUUGGGGCAAACCCUUCUUUAGUUGGAUGCAAAAGCGAAAAGGCCAAGGAGAAGCAUAUAGAACAGCACAACAUUCCCUUUCCUUGUUUAUUAACUGGUGGUUUGUUAACAUACAGAUCUCCUGCAUCCUCCCCAUCUAGUAGCAAUUGCCGCAGGUCGCUUGAUGCUUUAAACAGGACUCCAGGCGAAAGCUCGUCCGAGCAGGGGUCAACGGACAAUGAAUCUGGCACUAAUUCUGAGCUUAAUUCUCCUUUGGUGAAAAGGACUUUACCUGUGUUGCUCCUGUACAGCGUCAAGGAGUCUGAUGAAAGAACAGGGAAACUCUUUUCUCAGAUGAACAAUAUUAUGAGCAAAAGUUUACAUGAUGAUGGGUUUACUGUUCCACAGAUCAUUGAAAUGGAACUGGAUAAUCAAGAGCAGUUGCUUUUGCAGGAUCCUCCUGUUACUUAUAUACAGCAGUUUGCUGAGGCUACUGCCAAUCUUGCAUCUCCAGACUCAGACAAGUGGACUUCCAUGGUUCCUAAGCCUGGAACGUUGGUGCAGUGUAUGAGACUGCCUAAGUUUGCAGAGGAGGAGAACCUUUGUGUAGAUUCAAUCAUCCCUUGUGCUGAUGGACUUCAUCUUUUAGUAGGGCUGCAGAAAUGCCCUGCAGAGUCCUUGAGUGCAAUAAAUCAAGUAGAGGCCUUGAAUAAUUUAAACAAAUUAAACUCUGCACUUUGUAGUAGGAGGAAAGCAGAAGCUGAAUCAAAUCUUGGUGCUGUGAAUGGUACCAGUGUUAAUGUUAUCCCUUGUGAAUCAUCAGCUGACGUUCACGACCCAUUGAUUAUCCAACCAGACCAGAGACGAGUGAGUGGUGGCUAUUUAUUAAUUUACAAAAUGAAUUAUACAACCAGGAUAGUGACUUUAGAAGAGGAACCAGUAAAAAUUCUCCACAUUAAAGACCCCCAGGAUGCAGUUACCUCGCUUAUUUUGCUACAGCCUGACAUUUUGGAUAACCGAGAGGAUGACUGUGAGGAGUCCCCAGAAGAAGUCCCUUUAGCUCCAAAACAUGUCAGUGGGAAGGAGAAGAAAUCUGACUUGCAGAGUUUGGGCCUCAUUGUAGUAACCACUCAAGGUGGAUAUGUGAAAAUCUUAGAUCUCUCAACAUUUGAAGUUAUGGGCAAAGUGGAACCCCCUAAAAAGGAGGGGACGGAGGAAGUAGAUCCUUUUGUGUCGGUUGUUUACUGCUCAGGGACAGACAGACUGUGUGCAUGCACAAAAGGAGGAGAACUUCAUUUUCUCCAGAUUGGUGGCACUUGUGAUGACCUUGAUGAAACGGACAUACUUGUUGAUGCAUCUCUAUCAAAGGGUGUGGAGCAGUUAGUGGAGGGAAUCAAGCCUCUGUCCAAUCCCAGCAGCCCAGGCAUCACAGGCGUUGACCUUUUGGCGGAACAACCCUUUUCCCUGGAAAUGUUGACGUGUUUAGUGGAACUUACACGUUUCGAGACUUUGAUACCGAGGUUUUCCGCCACUGUCCCCCCGUGCUGGGUGGAAGUUCAGCAGGAGCAGCAGCAGAGGCGCCAUCCGCAGCACCUGCAUCAGCAGCACCACGGAGAUGCAGCACAGCAUACCCGCACAUGGAAGCUACAGAACGACAGCGCUAGUUGGGAUGAACAUGUGUUUGAACUGGUCUUGCCUAAAGCCUGCAUGGUGGGUCAUGUGGAUUUCAAAUUUUUAUUGAAUUCUAACAUCACAAACAUUCCACAAAUCCAAGUGACGUUACUGAAGAACAAGGCCCCAGGCUUGGCUAAAGUUAACGAGGCACCUGUGGACAGACACAUACCAUUCCCUCUGUCUCCGGCCUUCAAUGUUGAUAUGCAGAGGAACGGCAAACCUGCAGUUGUGGAUUUAAGUGAAGAUAUGCAGAACAUGGAAGUUGAAGAUUCUCAGUGUCCUCGGCUAUGUCCUUUUUUAGAGGAUCACAAGGAAGAUAUACUAUGUGGUCCAGUAUGGUUAGCCAGUGGUCUCGAUCUAUCAGGACACGCCGGGAUGUUGACAUUAACCAGCCCGAAACUUGUAAAAGGUAUGGCUGGUGGAAAAUAUCGCUCCUUUUUAAUCCACGUGAAGGCGGUAAAUGACAGAGGGUCCGAUGAACUGUGCAAUGGCGGAACGAGGCCAGUUGUAAGAAUACCACCUUUGAAGCCGCAGAAUAUGAAGGGGCAUUCCUUGGCAUCGCUCCUGGCUAAGGUGGUACCUGGCAAGGACAAAUCUGCCACAAAAAUUGAGACCAGCAACUCCGCUCGUAAAAUUGAUAAUCUCAGAGGGUGCGACCUACUCCAGGAAGUCUCAGUCACCAUACGACGCUUUAAGAAAACCUGUAUUCCAAAGGAAAGAAUACAACGUUGUGCCAUGUUGCAGUUCUCAGACUUUCACGAGAAGCUUCUUAACACAUUGUGUAAAAAGACUGAAGACGGCUUGGCAACUGAGCAUGCACAAAGCUUGGUGCUAGAUAUCCUCUGUUGGCUGGCUGGUGUGCAUUCUAAUGGUCCUGGCAGCUUACGAGAAGGAAAAGACAGCUUGCUUUCUAAAACAAGAAAGUACCUCUCGGACAUUGUACGCACAUGUUUUUUUGAGGCUGGGAGAAGUAUAGCACACAAGUGUUCAAGAUUCUUGGCUCUUUGUAUAAGUAAUGGGAAGUGUGAUCCUAGUCAACAAGGUUUUGGAUAUGUCCUUCUGAAAGCUUUAUUGGAGAACAUAACUUACCUGCCUUCUGCUGCAACUGGAGGGGCAGUCUACUGGUAUUUUGUGUUGCUAAACUACGUGAAGGAUGAAGAUCUGGCCGGCUGCAGCACAGCUUGUGCAUCCCUUCUGACCGCUGUGUCCAGGCAGUUGCAGGACAGGCUGACGCCCAUGGAAACUUUGCUUCAAACAAGAUAUGGACUGUACAGUUCUCCCUUUGAUCCUGUACUUUUUGAUUUGGAAGUGAGUGGCUCAUCCUGUAAAAACGUAUAUAACAGCAGUUCUGGAGUCCAGUCGGAUGAGAUUGACCUGUCAGAUGUCCUUUUAGGCAAUGGGAAAGUUAACAGUUGCGCAGCAGCAGAAGGCAGUUUCACUUCUCUUACAGGAUUGCUUGAAGUUGAACCUUUGCACUUUACAUGUGUGUCUACCAGCGAUGGCACACGGAUUGAGAGGGAUGAUGCAAGUACGUUCACUGUAAGCACGUUUGGAGUUACCCCUGCUGUUGGCGGUCUUUCCGCCGGGACUGUCGGAGAAGCCUCGUCCGCCCUCAGCUCUGCCGCCCAGGUUGCGUUACAGUCGCUUUCUCAUGCCAUGGCCUCUGCAGAGCAGCAGCUCCAGGUACUGCAAGAGAAACAGCAGCAGCUUCUGAAGCUUCAGCAACAGAAGGCGAAGCUGGAGGCAAAACUGCACCAGACCACCGCGGCGGCAGCUGCAGCAGCUUCGGCAGUGGGUCCGGUCCACAACUCUGUACCUUCCAACCCUGUGGCCGCUCCAGGAUUCUUUAUUCAUCCUUCCGAUGUCAUCCCACCUACGCCAAAAACAACUCCUCUUUUCAUGACCCCUCCGCUCACGCCUCCCAACGAGGCAGUGUCCGCUGCCAUCAACGCAGAGCUGGCGCAGCUAUUCCCAGGCACGGUCAUCGACUCUCCCCCCGCCAUUCUUGCCGCACAGAGCAAAAAUGCAAACAAACCAAGAACGAGUCAGCUGGGAUCUGGUCUUGCAUUGGCUCUUUCUCAUGCUUCUCACUUUCUGCAACCUCCUCCUCACCAGUCCAUUAUAAUCGAGAGAAUGCACUCUGGAGCCAGAAGGUUUGUAACGCUGGAUUUUGGCAGGCCUGUGCUCCUUACAGACAUACUCAUUCCCACAUGUGGCGAUCUGGCAUCGUUGUCCAUCGACAUCUGGAGUUUAGGUGAAGAGGUGGAUGGCCGGAGAUUGGUGGUUGCGACAGAUAUCAGCACGCAUUCAUUAAUUCUCCAUGAUUUGAUACCAUCGCCUGUCUGCAGGUUCAUGAAGAUCACGGUUAUUGGACGUUAUGGAAGUACAAAUGCCAGAGCCAAGAUCCCAUUAGGUUUUUACUAUGGCCACACUUACAUCUUACCAUGGGAGAGUGAGCUGAAGCUAUUGCACGAUCCACUCAGAGGUGAAAGUGAAUCUGCCAGUCAGCCGGAGAUCGACCAGCAUUUAACAAUGAUGGUGGCUCUACAGGAAGACAUCCAGUGCAGAUACAACCUCGCUUGCCAUCGUUUAGAAACACUGCUUCAGAACAUCGACCUUCCACCCCUCAACAGCGCCAACAACGCCCAGUAUUUUCUGCGGAAACCAGAUAAAGCUGUAGAAGAGGACAGCAGAGUAUUCUCAGCUUACCAGGACUGCAUUCAGUUGCAGCUCCAGCUAAACUUGGCUUAUCAUGCUGUUCAGAGGCUUAAGGUGGCUCUGGGCAUGAGCAGAAAAACACUGAGAGAACAGUAUGACUCCAGAGAACUGAUCCACGCUUCCUCAACUGAGCAACUGCGCACAAUCAUCAGAUACCUUUUGGACACUUUGCUAAGCCUUCUGCACUCCUCCAAUGGACAUUCUGUUCCAGCAGUUCUGCAGAAUACGUUCCAUGCUCAGGCCUGUGAAGAGUUAUUUAAACACCUUUGUAUAAGCGGUACGCCAAAGAUACGGCUCCACACAGGCCUCUUGCUGGUGCAGCUCUGCGGUGCCGAGAGAUGGUGGGGACAGUUUCUCUCCAAUGUUCUGCAGGAGCUCUACAACUCAGAGCAACUGUUGAUCUUUCCUCAGGACAGGGUGUUUGUACUGCUGUCUUGUAUCGGCCAAAGAUCACUAAGUAACAGUGGAGUACUAGAAAGUCUACUUAAUCUGCUGGACAGCCUUCUGUCACCUCUGCAACCGCAUGUUCCUGCGUACAGACGUGUGGAAGGCGUCUUGGACAUUCCUAUGAUCAGCUGGGUGGUGAUGCUGGUAUCCCGUCUCUUGGAUUAUGUGGCUACUGUAGAAGAUGAAGCCGCAGCCUCCAAAAAAACCUUAAACGGGAAAGAACGAGAACGCUUCCUUUCGGGUAACCAAUGGAGUUUCAUCAACAACAGCCUGCAUACACAGAGCCUUAACAGAUCGACCAAAGGCAACAGCAGCUUGGACAGGCUGUACUCCAGGAAGAUAAGAAAGCAGCUUGUCCAUCACAAGCAGCAACUCAAUCUACUAAAGGCAAAACAGAAGGCUUUAGUAGAGCAAAUUGAAAAGGAAAAGAUACAGAGCAACAAGGGAUCCUCAUAUAAGCUGUUGGUUGAACAAGCAAAGCUAAAGCAAGCAACGUCCAAGCACUUUAAGGACCUGAUACGUUUGCGUCGUACAGCAGAAUGGCCUCGCUCUGCUCAGGAUACAGAAAUAUCUGCAACCAAAGAGAGUUCAGAAGUGGAACCUCUUCCUUUUACGCUGGCGCAUGAACGCUGCAUUUCUGUUGUGCAGAAACUUGCCCUCUUCCUCUUAUCAAUGGACUUCACCUGCCACGCCGACUUACUUCUGUUUGUUUGCAAGGUGCUCGCUAGAAUAGCAAAUGCCACACGUCCAACAAUACAUUUGUGUGAAGUUGUGAAUGAACAGCAGCUGGAAAGACUUCUGUUACUUCUGGUUGGAACGGACUUCAACAGAGGAGACAUCUCCUGGGGUGGAGCGUGGGCUCAGUAUUCUCUUACCUGCAUGCUCCAAGAUAUCUUAGCAGGGGAGCUGCUGGCACCUAUAGCCACGGAAGCGUUAGAUGAUGGAGCGAUGGGAGACGAGGCAGCCGCCUCAGUCGCAGACUCUGAUGAUGUCCUCCAACAGGCCUCCUUUUUACCAUUAGUGGAAGCUGUUGAUGAGCCUUUGACACCGGACAUCACAGGUGCUCCUCCUUUAUCAUCUUUGGAUAAAGAUAAAGAAAUUGACCUUGAAUUACUGCAAGACCUGAUGGAAGUUGAUAUUGAUCCUUUAGAUAUUGAUUUGGAAAAAGAUCCCCUCGCAGCCAAAGUCUUCAAGCCUAUUAGCAGCACUUGGUAUGACUACUGGGGUGCCGAUUAUGGUACCUACAACUAUAACCCAUACAUCGGAGGUGUUGGUAUACCUGUUGCAAAGCCACCUGCUACUACUGAAAAAAAUGGUACGCAAACAGUUACCAUAUCGGUGUCUCAGGCUCUAGAUGCCCGUUUGGAAGUUGGACUUGAACAGCAGGCAGAGCUCAUGUUGAAAAUGAUGUCCACCCUUGAAGCUGACUCCAUUCUACAAGCUUUAACCAACUCAUCACCAACAUUGUCACAGGCUUCCAGCGGGACAGAUGAUUCUCUGCUACGAGGGCUCAACGCAGCUGGUCAGUCGAACCAGCUGAUCGUUCAGUCGUCUUCCAUACCCAUGCUGAGUGCCUGCUUCAACAAGCUCUUCUCAAUGCUGCAAGUGCACCACGUUCAGCUUGAGUCCCUCCUGCAGUUAUGGCUCACAUUGAGCCUGAAUUCUAGCUCGUGUGGAGGCAAGGAGAACGGAGGUGAUCUGUUCUUGUAUAAUGCUAACAGGGUACCGGUCAUCUCACUCAACCAAGCCUCCAUAACAAGCUUUUUAACCGUCCUGGCCUGGCAUCCAAAUACUUUGCUGCGGACAUGGUGCCUUGUUCUUCACAGCCUCACACUGAUGACAAACAUGCAACUUAACUGUGGAUCCAAUAGUACCAUCGGAACUCAGGAAAAUACUGCCCAACUCCUUGGAUCUGACCCAAACCUCCUCCAUGUACUGGUAAAAUUCCUCUCAGGAACGAACCCUCACGGGACCAAUCAGCAUAGUCCCCAGGUUGGUCCAACAGCCACUCAGGCCAUGCAAGAGUUCCUGACGCGGUUGCAAGUCCAUCUGUCAUCUACCUGCCCUCAGAUGUUUAGUGAAUUUUUAUUGAAGCUGAUACAUAUUCUUUCAACAGAAAGGGGUGCUUUCCAAACAGGUCAGGGACCUCUGGAUGCACAAGUAAAGCUUCUGGAGUUCACGUUGGAGCAAAACUUUGAGGUGGUCUCCGUCAGCACAAUCUCGGCAGUUAUUGAGUCUGUUACGUUUUUAGUACAUCACUACAUCACAUGCUCUGACAAAGUGGUGUCUCGCAGUGGAUCUGAUAGCUCUGUUGGCGCAAGAGCCUGUUUCGGAGGACUCUUUGCAAAUAUUAUUCGACCGGGGGACGCCAAGGCCGUGUGUGGAGAAAUGACACGGGACCAGUUAAUGUUUGACUUGCUUAAGCUUGUGAACAUCUUGGUUCAGCUUCCCCUUUCAAGCAACAAGGAAUUUAGCGCCCGUGCGCCUGUCGUCACCAGCACGACGGACAGUGUUUCCGAUGAGGAGAAAGUGUAUGGAGGGAAGGAUUCCAGCAGCGGUGCUUCAUCGACACAAAAUUCUACUGCGUACGUUGCUGAUCUGGUGCUAGCAAACCAGCAAAUUAUGAGCCAAAUUCUUUCUGCCCUGGGCCAGUGUAACAGCAGCGCAAUGGCCAUGAUUAUUGGUGCGAGUGGUUUACAUUUAACUAAACAUGAGAAUUUUCAUGGAGGCCUUGAUGCCAUUUCUGUAGGCGAUGGCUUGUUCACCAUUUUAACCACGCUUAGCAAAAAGGCAUCCACGGUGCAAGUGAUGCUUCAGCCAAUACUGACCUACAUGGCAUGUGGAUACAUGGGCAGACAGGGCUCACUAUCCACAUGCCAGCUAUCGGAGCCAUUACUCUGGUUUAUUCUAAGGGUUCUGGACACAAGUGAUGCCUUGAAAGCUUUUCAUGAAAUGGGAGGCGUUCAGCUUAUUUGCAACAACAUGGUAACCAGCACGAGGGCCAUUGUUAACACUGCUAGGAGCAUGGUGUCGACAAUCAUGAAAUUCCUCGACUCUGGUCCCAGCAAGACAACCGAUAGCAGUUUGAAAGCAAGAGUACUUUCGUCUGAACCCGACAACGCAGAGGGCAUCCACAACUUUGCUCCUCUAGGCACAAUCACAUCUAGUAGUCCUACUGCGCAGCCUGCUGAAGUCUUACUCCAGGCCACUCCACCCCAUAGGAGAGCAAGGUCUGCUGCGUGGUCCUACAUCUUCCUACCAGAAGAGGCCUGGUGUGAUCUUACUAUCCAUCUGCCAGCAGCCGUAUUGUUAAAAGAGAUCCACAUUCAGCCUCACCUUGCAUCUCUUGCCACGUGUCCUUCUUCGGUUUCUGUGGAAAUAAGUGCAGACGGGGUGAACAUGCUGCCGUUAUCUACCCCAAUUAUCACCAGCGGACUCACCUACAUAAAAAUUCAGCUUGUUAAAGCUGAAGUGGCUUCCGCCGUCUGCCUGAGACUUCACCGUCCCCGUGAUGCAAGCACCCUCGGCUUGUCGCAGAUAAAAUUACUAGGCCUCACUGCGUUCGGAAACACAUCUUCAGCAACUGUCAAUAACCCCUUCCUUCCAUCGGAGGAUCAAGUCUCUAAAACCAGCAUUGGCUGGCUAAGGCUGUUGCAUCACUGCCUCACUCAUAUCAGCGAAUUGGAAGCAAUGAUGGCAAGUGCGGCCGCCCCCACAGCCAAUCUGCUGCAGACCUGCGCUGCCUUGUUGAUGUCGCCAUAUUGUGGGAUGCACUCGCCCAACAUUGAGGCCGUACUGGUGAAGAUUGGGCUCCAGUCUACGAGAAUUGGCCUCCGGCUUAUUGACAUAUUACUUCGCAACUGUGCAGCAUCUGGAAGUGACCCUGCUGAUUUGAAUAGCCCUCUUCUUUUUGGAAGGCUUAAUGGCCUGUCUUCAGAUUCCACAAUAGAUAUCCUGUAUCAGCUUGGAACAACUCAAGACCCCGGAACCAAGGAUAGGAUCCAGGCUUUGUUAAAGUGGGUCAGUGAUUCUGCUCAAGUGGCCUCGUUAAAAAGAAGUGCUCGGAACACCUACAUUUCUCCAAACAGCUCUCCCAGGGAAUUUGGUCUCUUGAUGCCAUCUCCUUCUCAUUUGCACUGUGUAGCUGCCAUUUUGUGGCACAGCUAUGAGCUUCCUGUAGACUACGACUUACCGGGGUUGCUCAGCAGAGAUCUUUUUGAGUCUCUGUACAAGUGGUCCAUGUCACUGCCCUCUAACAUGAUCUUAAAGAAAGCUGUCGAUGGCCUACUUUGCUCAAUGUGCCACAUCCACCCCAACUACUUCUCAUUGCUCAUGGGGUGGAUGGGAAUUACACCUCCACCGAUACAGAGCCAGCACAGGCUGUCCAUAACGGACGACAGCAAAAAGCAAGACCUUAACGCGUCUCUAACGGAUGAUUCUAAAAAUGCACAAGCACCACUUGCACUUACAGAAUCUCACUUGGCCACUCUUGCUGCUGCAUCGCAAUCUCCGGAAGCUAUCAAGCAGUUGCUAGACUCUGGGUUGCCCUCGCUUCUUGUGCGAAGCUUAGUGAAUUUUUGCUUCAAUCACAUAUCCAGUUCAGACUGCGCUGCUGCUUUUACGGACUCUACCCAGGAUAGACUCAGGAGGCAGCACACAUCACAGCACUUUAGUAGGAUGCCGGUCACGGCAGAUUUGGUGGCACCAGUACUCAGGUUUCUGACGGAGGUCGGCCACAGUCAUGUCAUGAAGGAUUGGCUCGGGUGCUCAGAGGUUAAUCAUUUGUGGACGGCACUUCUCUUUUUACUUUGCCAUUCUGGUGCUGCUUCAACGGCUCAUAUAAGCGGGUCGCAACAGGCCAAUACCAGGGGUACGUUGAGUUCUGCUGCAGGCAAUGGACUUACUACUCAGCAAAGGACUGCCGUGGAAAAUGCAACUGUGGCCUUUUUCCUACAAUGCAUAUCAUGUCAUCCAAAUAAUCAGAGACUGAUGGCCCAGGUCCUCUGUGAGUUGUUCCAGUCUUCUCCACAGCGCGGGAAUCUUCCUGCCUCCGGCAACAUUUCUGGCUUCAUCCGGAGACUCUUUCUGCAGUUGAUGUUGGAGGAUGAGAAAGUUACCAUGUUCCUUCAGUCACCAUGUCCUUUGUACAAGGGCAGAAUCAAUGCGACCAGCCACAUCAUACAGCAUCCAAUGUACGGAGCCGGGCACAAGUUUCGCACCCUUCAUUUACCUAUUUCUACCACACUGGCAGAGCUACUGGACCGGGUUUCAGAUUUUCUUGUAGACACACCAAGUAUUACUGCUAAACUGAUAAGCGAGCAGAAAGAUGACAAGGAGAAGAAGAACCACGAAGAAAAGGAAAAAGUAAAGGCAGAGAAUGGAUUUCAGGACAAUUACAGUGUUGUCGUUGCCUCAGGUUUGAAGUCCCAGUCAAAACGAGCAGUGUCUUCUACGCCACCUCGUCCACCAUCUAGGAGAGGGAGGGUAAUCACAGACAAAGUUGGCAGUUCUUCAUCUGGAGUUGAUUCUUCCAGCAAGACAAUCAGUAUUCCAGUCUUUCAUCUGUACCAUAAACUGCUACCAGGACAACCCUUACCGCCUGAGAUGACUCUUGCGCAACUCCUAACACUGCUGUAUGACCGAAAGCUCCCUCAAGGCUUCUGCUCUGUAGACCUAACCGUGAAGCUGGGCUCCAAGAUGAUAUCUGAUCCGAGUUUGUCAAAGACAGACUCCUUUAAACGCCUGCACACAGAAAAAGAACAUGGAGAUUUAUUGGGUUCUUGUCCUGAAGAUGAAGCGAUCAGCCCGAGUGAUGAAUGCAUGGAAUCUUUGGAUGACUCUCUUCUGGAGACCUGUCCGAUUCAGUCCCCGCUGCAAGUGUUUGCUGGGAUGGGGGGACUGGCCCUCAUAGCCGAAAGGCUUCCAAUGCUCUAUCCUGAUGUCAUUCAGCAGGUAAGCGCUCCGGUUGUUACCACCACAACUCAAGAGAAACCAAAGGACAGCGAUCAGUUUGAAUGGGUCACGAUUGAACAGUCUGGUGAACUGGUCUACGAAGCCCCAGAAACGAUUGCCGCCGAACCUCCUCCGAUCAAGUCUGCCGUGCAGACCAUGUCCCCCAUCCCCGCUCACUCGCUGGCCGCUUUUGGGCUUUUUCUCCGCCUUCCGGGAUAUGCUGAGGUUCUUCUGAAAGAGAGGAAGCAUGCCCAGUGUCUACUGCGUCUGGUCCUGGGAGUUACGGAUGAUGGCGAAGGAAGUCACAUUUUACAGUCGCCAUCGGCAAACGUCUUGCCAACUCUCCCAUUUCAUGUCCUGCGCUCUUUGUUCAGUGCAAUGCCACUGACGACGGAUGAUGGUGUGCUCUUAAGACGCAUGGCUCUGGAAAUUGGAGCUAUACAUCUCAUCCUCGCCUGCUUAUCAGCUUUGAGUCAUCAUGCUCCCAGAAUCCCCAGCUCAGGCUCCAGUCAGUCAGAGCCGCAGGUUUCCAGCACGCACAGUAGUGGCACGUGUGAGGAGCAGCAGCUAUACUGGGCCAAAGGCACCGGAUUCGGGACGGGAUCUACCGCUUCGGGCUGGGAUGUCGAGCAGGCCCUUACCAAACAAAGGCUGGAAGAGGAGCACGUAACCUGCCUGUUGCUGGUUCUUGCCAGUUACAUAAAUCCGUCUGGGUGCGCUGCGAAUGGCGAAACGCCAGCUAGUGAGACCAGAGGCCAGAACAGCAAUGCCCUUCCAUCUGUCCUGCAGGAGCUGCUCAGCCAGUCCUGUCUCAUCCCAGCGAUGUCCUCGUACCUCCGCAACGACUCAGUAUUGGAUAUGGCCAGACACGUUCCAUUAUACCGGGCUCUCCUGGAGCUGCUCCGAGCCAUUGCUUCCUGCGUUGCCUUGGUACCUUUGCUCUUGCCACUAUCUGGAGGUAAUGGAGAAGACGAUGAAGAGCAGUCAGAAUCGCAAGCAUCCGUGGGCACAUUGCUGGCCAAAAUGAAAACUUGUGUUGACACCUACACAAACAGACUAAGGUCCAAGAAAGAUAAGGCCAAAGCAGGAGUGAAACCAGAUGCGUCAGAUGCUGAGCCAGAAGGCCUCACACUGCUAGUGCCAGACAUCCAGAGAACAGCAGAAAUUGUUUUUGCCGCCACCACCAGCCUCCGUCAAGCUAACCAAGAAAAGAAACUGGCCGAGUUCUCCAGAAAAUCAUCUGUGAAGUCUAAACCUUUCUCUGUUUUGCGGUCACUAGAGGAGAAGUAUGUUGCGAUCAUGAAAAAGCUUCAAUUUGAUACUUUUGAGAUGGUUUCCGAAGACGAUGAUGGGAAGUUGGUUUUUAAGGUUAAUUACCACUACAUGUCUCAGGUGAAAAAUGCAAGUGAUGCAAAUAGCGCCGCCAGAGCGCGUCGCCUUGCCCAAGAAGCCGUGACACUCUCCACUUCCCUUCCACUUUCUUCUUCGUCCAGUGUCUUUGUUCGGUGUGAUGAGGAGAGACUGGAUAUCAUGAAGGUUUUGAUAACUGGUCCAGCAGACACACCGUACGCCAAUGGCUGCUUUGAAUUUGAUGUAUACUUCCCCCAAGAUUAUCCCAAUUCUCCUCCACUUGUGAAUCUGGAGACAACCGGUGGCCACAGUGUUCGCUUCAAUCCAAAUCUUUACAAUGAUGGAAAGGUUUGUUUAAGUAUAUUGAAUACUUGGCAUGGGCGACCAGAAGAAAAGUGGAAUCCUCAAACAUCAAGUUUUCUGCAGGUGUUGGUGUCUGUCCAGUCCCUUAUCCUUGUGUCUGAACCUUAUUUCAACGAGCCUGGAUAUGAGAGGUCAAGAGGCACCCCAAGUGGAACCCAGAGCUCCAGAGAAUAUGAUGGCAAUAUCCGGCAAGCCUCUGUCAAAUGGGCCAUGCUUGAACAAAUUAGGAACCCAUCACCAUGUUUUAAGGAGGUGAUUCACAAACAUUUUUACUUGAAACGGGCUGAGAUCAUGGCUCAGUGUGAAGACUGGAUAGUGGACAUCCAGCAAUUUAGUAGUGACAAGCGUGUUGGCAGAACCAUGUCUCACCAUGCAGCAGCUUUGAAGCGACAUACGGCUCAGCUCCGAGAAGAACUCUUAAAGCUUCAGUGCCCUGAAGGCUUGGACCCAGAUGCUGAUGACUCUACAGAAAAAUGCCUUGCCACAGCAAGCUGUGAAGAGACUACAUUGCACGAACAGGUCACACCUAGCAGCAGUAAAGAUUCCCCCAGUGACUUCAAAUUCUGAGCUGCAACGGCAUGGACUUUUAGAAACAGGCUUUGAAGCACAGCCAAAUAUGUCCAUAUUUGUAUGUAAGAAGCUAAUUAUGUAAUAGUUAAUGAAGCUAAAACUAUACUAUGCCCUUAAUAUACAGUUUAAUUCGAGAACUUUUACCUGUACAAGAGUGUAAAAUUUUUUUGUGCUUUUAUUUUUUUUUUCAAAUGUGAGAACCACUGAUUUGGUAUGUUAAACAAAAUGUAAACAAGAAAUGGAGAAAUCACUGAAAUAAGGGAACGUACCUUAAGAAAGAAUGUUUACUGAAUAUUUUUUUCUUUUUGUUCGUCUUUGGUUUUUUAUUAUUUUUUUUUUUUUACCUGUAGAGUGAGGGCGUUGUAACAAAGAAUAUAUAUUGGUCAUUCUUAUAACUAUAACUAUUUAAAGACUGCAGAUUUUCACAAAUUUGAUAGAUUUUGGCCAUACCUUCAUUCUCAUUUUUGAUUUCUACAGAAACCUUCUGCAUUCUUCAAUAAAAGUUAAGCAGAAAUGCUCCCUAUUAAAUGAUUCACUUAUUACAGUUUUUGUUUCCAUUUUUAAAAAAAACAAUACAUCUGCAAUAUAAGGACAUUAUUACUGGAGAUUGUAAGACUGGAUUUAUCACAGUCAGUGUUUAAUUUGAUGCUUUUCCAUUCAGAAUGCACACACAAUAAAUAGAUAUGGUUUUACCUUGAGCGCACAUGCUCCACCGAUCUUCAUCCUUUUAUUUGUACGGUAUAUGUUUAAUCCAGAGUCUUUUCUCACCUUUAUGAAGAUGUGGUAAGUCCCUCAAAGUUUAGAGAAGAUGGAGCAUAGAGGUGGAACCUUCUUAAGGCCACUUAUGUGUCAAGGGUACAGCUGAAAUACACAUUUUAUUUCAUUUAUUUAAGAGAAAAAAGCAACACGUUCAGGGCAUCAGGCAGUGGAUUAUGACAUUUGGCUUCUGUACUUUUUUAUUAAAGGACAACUAUCACAAA